CCAGCCCUCGAAGCUCUAGAGGCAUACAAACGACGCGAUGGGUCCAAAGUCAUCGUUCGCUUCCGCGCAGUUGGUAAUGCGCCGAUCAUGAAGCAGAAUUACUACAAGAUCACAGCGUCGAAUCGCUUCCAGGCUGUCAUUCAAUUCUUACGGAAAGAACUGGGAUGGAAGCCCACUGACCCUUUGUUCACCUAUAUCAAUAUGGCGUUCUCUCCAGCCCCAGAUGAUACUGUCAGCAAUCUAUUCAAGUGUUUCGCGACUGAAGGGCACCUAAUAGUAAACUAU